CACGGCUCGAACGCAAGAGCUUGCACGUAUCCAAUCACGAAGGCUGGUUGUAUCCCUUUCAUGCUGCAUACGUUAGAUCCUUUGCCGAUUGGCUCAAGGUGCUGGUCAGGGAGAGAGGCUCGCGGAGGCCGAGAAACGGCCGAGGGAUGCUUCGCCUCCUCGGCAACAGGGAUCUGGGCGCGGCGCCGCGCCAGGCGGGGGCGGUGCCUGAUGACUGCCUCGACGAGCAGAUCUCCCUGGCAGGUGGUCCGUUGGAACCAGCGCCUGACGGCAGGCGAGCACGGCAAGCCUGGGGGUGCUGGAAGCCAGUGUUCGGGCUGCUCGGGCUGGCCGCGCUGGCCGCGUCGUGGGCGAUGCAGGCGGCGCCCCGUGGCCAGGGCUUUCGCUCCCAGGGGAAGGGCGCGGUCCUGAAAACUGUUGAGCAUCGGGGCACCGGGUGCGAGAACUGGCAGGACAUUUUGUCGGGCGAACUGAACAGCACGUCCCCCAGCGAGUGUGCCGUUGCCUGCAGGCUGCAGCCGGGCUGCACGGGAUUCGGCUACCAGGAGUCGUGCGAGCCGGCUGGGCUGUGCAGGCUCUGGAGCGGCAACUGCACGCAUCGCGAGAACAGCUGCAUGGCACACCACGUCAUGGUGUCGCCAACACCAAUCGCGGCGACUGUGGAGCAUCGGAGCACCGGUUGCGAAAAUUGGCGGGACAUCCAGUUUGGGCUGGUCGGAUUACACAGCGUGUCCGUCGGCGAGUGUGCCGCUGCUUGCCAGGAGAAGCCAGGUUGCACAGGAUUCGGCUACCAGGAAUCAUGUGACCCAGCUCGGCUGUGUAAGCUCUGGAGCGGCAACUGCACGCAUCGCGAGAACAGCUGCAUGGCGCAGCACGUCAUGGUGUCGCCAACGCCGAUGGCUGCCACUGUGGAGCAUCCGAACACCGGCUGCGACAACUGGGACGACAUUGGGCUGGGCAGCUUACACAGCGUAUCCCUCGAAGAGUGCUCAGCUUCAUGUCAGAAGACACCAGGGUGCAAAGGAUUCGGUUACCAGAAAUCGUGCGACGGAGCCAAGCUGUGCCACCUACGGGGCAGCAACUGCACGCACGUCAACAACGGUUGCUGGGCACAGUACGACGUGGUGGCGCCGAAGCCGUCGCGGUUUACGAGAGGACCGACGCUGGCGACAUGCAACACGCGGUCAGCAGACACCAGUGUGACCUUGAAAGGUGUCGGUGGCGGCAAACACGUUGAGAACGUCUGCGCUGGCGCAGAGUGGACGGGCUUCAACACCAAGGUGCAAAAGCACGGCGGCGGAUUGGGAGAAGGCCUCCCAGUUGGUCGACCAGGGUGUCAACGACACUCUCUUAGUCGUCAUGGAUGAAUUUGACAUGGCCUUUGGAGGGUGCAGCAACGAAGAGCUCGUCAAACGGUACACCAAGAUCUCCGUGUCCUCUGGUGGUGCUCCUGUCGUCGCGGGUGUGCAGCGUGAUAUCUGGCCGCCAACAGAUGACUUCAAUUAUGGCACGUUUGAUGAGCGCCGAGAUCAUGUCUUGGAUGCGUUCCAGUUGAAGGGGAAAUCUAUUUUCGAGCAUGGCGAUCGUAAGGAUGUCCGUCACGUGAACAGCGGUUGGUUGGUGGGCCCGCCGGAGCACAUGGUGAAGGUUCUCGCCUGUAUGUUGGAAAUGGGGCGGGUCUCGUACGACUUCCGCAGCACAGAGGGCAGAUUUGGUAACGACGGCCAUGAUAAUUAUGCUAGGAGCGGCGAUAACCCAAAUUAUGACGACCAGUACGGGCUAACUGCUUGCAUGUUCAAGUUCCCAGAACUUAUCACACUGGACUACACUGGCAGUUUGAUCUUGAACAGCCAGAACUACACUGGCAGCUUGAGUUUCAACAGCCAAAACAAUUCACUCCUUUUCAGGGAGGGGGACUUUGUGUACAAUUCCGCCGUGGGGGGCUCAGCGCAAUGUUUCAUCCAUGGUUUCGGAGGCUCAUGGAAAAAUUGGUUUCGAGCUCUUCGCUUCUAGGGGUCGCUCGCAUGAUAUUUUAAUUCGCCCAAUGUGGCGCUCAUUGUCCGCGGUGGUAGGUUCUCCCGCGCAAAUGAACGAAUUCAUAUUGCGUGCCAUCAGACGGGACUCCAGAACCGAUCAACAUGUAUUGACGCCUGAGCGAACAACAUCGAAUUGAUGUUGCAUAGUGAGGUCUCGUCCCAGUGAGUGCCGGUACGCCACGAAUCACUGCACCACCCUUCCGUCCACCAGUCGUUGCCAGCUGCACUGAUUGCUAGAUUCCGCAGGCUCUGCAAGAGGUCUCAAGACGCGGAGUCCAGUACAUUUGAGUUGAAGGUUCAUAUGUCAGCAUCUGAGCCCAGCAGUCGAAUCUCAGAUGCGCUCACGGCUGGCAGCCCCUUCCGACCACGUGGAUCUACAUAAUUUUGUGUUCCCACGAGUGCGGGACAUGUUUCUGGUCCUCACGUUCCCUCCUAAGUGGUGUGAAGGGUCAACCUGGGAGAGCGAUCGCCCUGGUCAACCGAUUUGGGGCUGCUGCUUCUCAGUUCGCCUGCGUCUUUCCUCGAUGGCAGGGGGGUUCACUUCGUUUCCAAGGUGGAUUCGUACAAUUGUACGAUUCACGAUGGCGCUUUCAAGCGGUCAGGUGUAAAUUAUUGGCCAGUUGGGUUGGAAGGGUGAUAUAGGCCUUACCUAUACGACCACCCUUCGGGUGAUAAGGAGCCGUCAACAGGCUUCGACACGCUGUUGCCGUGAAUGUCCCUUCCGCAGCCUGUUGCUUGCCCAAGGAGGCUAAGCCAGUGAGCUCACAAGCGUGGGGUAGGUGAGCCCCUGGCAGCCAGCAGCUUCACUUUUGUCACGGUUGCGGCUUGAACAAA